AAAACUAAUGUACACACCCAAAAAAAGUAUGCCUCACAACAGACACAACGGUUAUAGCUGAAUGGUGAGAUGGGGUGAGGGGACUGAAUUUAAUUUUAUUCUACAUGCUCCACAGAGAUGUCAGGCGCUGGGGUUUUACUCUGCGUACCUUACCCUACCAAAUGCACUGGCAGGAUUCCCAGCAAGCCACAGGCUGACUUACAAACCUGCUACUGUUUCGCGGAAAUCCUACCAGUUGUCACUCAUCUUCAGGAGAGUGGCACAGCAUGUGGCACAGAGGCCUUCACGGCCUGAACCCUUCUUUCUCCACCUCAUUCCCACCUCGGCCCCCGCCCCCGGGAAUCGGAGCUGCGGGCAGGAACGCGCCCCGGUCUCGCCGUCCCCCCGGGCCGCCCCCACCCCGCCCCGCCCCGAGGCCCGGCUCUGCCGCGCGGACGGGCGCCCCGCGCGGACCCCACCACGAGGCUCCGGUUCCGCAGGCGGACGCCGGGUUCUCUGUUUAGACGCAGAAAGAGUGAAGGAGGCGUCAGUCCGUUCGGCACCCCAAACUCGCUUACCCGAGGCGCGGGGAGCGCACGGGAGGCGGGCAGGCGCAGCUGCUUCCCCGCCCCGGGGCGGUGCCCAGGCUUGGGCUUCGCGGCCCCCAUCCCGCCCCAACGCCUGGCCGCCCGGCGCCGCCGCCAUGUCCUCCGGGGCCGGCGUGAACGCCCUGCAGCGCCUGGUGGAGCAGCUCAAGCUGGAGGCCGGCGUGGAGAGGAUCAAGGUGAGGCGGGCGGCAGCGCCCUUCGCCCGCGGGGACCGCCCGCCCCGCCGCCGCCGCCGAGGCCGGGUCUCUCAGGCAGCUGCAGAGCUUCAACAGUACUGCAUGCAGAAUGCCUGCAAGGAUGCCCUGCUGGUGGGGGUUCCAGCUGGAAGCAACCCCUUCCGAGAGCCCAGAUCCUGUGCUUUACUCUGAAGACUGAGUUGUGAUUUGCUGCUUGAUGCUAUCAACUGAUUUGCUGCUCUUGGGACUGAGGACUCCCCAGAGGAGAAGACCUGUUCCUACCACCAGCUUUGAUUUCUUUCCUAGUGGCUUUCAGAAUAUAUCUUUGUUUUAAUGGAGAAAGAAAUGUAGCUACUGGGGAAAAGUGUGAGUAGGUUAAAAGAGCUUUAAAAAUGGAUUGUAGAAAUGAAAACACCUCUUUGGUGGCAUAUUAGAAAUUUUAUGGGUUCUAAUGUGUUAUAUGGGGUCUCAUUCACAAUUUCACCUUUUUGGGGGAAGAGGUCAAGGCAUAGAUUAUUAGAGUCUUGGGACCAACGUAUUUCAAAUUAUGUUUUAUAAGGGGUGUUCAUACAGUUAUCAUCUUAGAUCCUUUUUCAUAUACUUGCAAAAGGAAAUUAUUCACAUUAACAAGAAGGAAGUAAUCAUACUACUAGGUACUAUUGUACCGUUUAAUGGAAAAUGUCUACAUUAAUGGUAUUAAAUAAUUGUCUUAUGCUGGCAAAGCACUUUCACGGAUGCUACUUAGUUUUUGUAUUAACCGUACAGGUACUUUGUAUUAACCUUACUCUCUACCUUGAGAACUAAAAUCACCCAUGAAAUGAUGACUAGUUAAUUGUACAUAUAAAUGUUACUAAAGUGAAAACCUACCGA